AAGGAACUAAUUGAUAUGACUUAUGUAUUUGAUGAAAAUACGUUACGUUACCCAACAUUUAGUGGGUAUAAAAUCGAAAAAUUAGUUAAAGGCCCCAGUGAAAAUUUGAUCACAAAAUGGCAUCAAUACGAGGAUUUCUCAACCUCUACACACGCCGGUACACACAUGGAUGCUCCGGCACAUUUUAUUAAAGGAGGAACUACAGUUGAUGAGAUACCAGCCCAUUCCUUCUUCGGGAAAGCAGCUGUCAUAGACAUAACUAGAAAAGCAUCACUCAGUCCUGACGCUGUAGCUACCGUUGAGGAUGUCAUGAACUGGGAAAGCACUACACUAAGGAGUUUGAAUGAGACUAUAGUUUUAUUGAACUCCGGUUGGGGGCAGAAGUGGAACGACCGUGACGCUUUUCUAGGCUCCCCAAGUAAUGACACCACAAAAUUGCACUUUCCAGGAUUCUCAGCAGAAGCUUGUAAGUGGUUGACGGAGAAUAGAAGUAUCAAAGGAGUAGGUUCUGAUACCGCGUCCAUUGAUCCAGGUACAAGCACCAGUUCACCCUGUCACGGUUAUGUUCUAGGGCGUAGAUUGUUUAUCCUAGAAAAUGUUGCCAAUAUGAAUAAAAUUCCAAUUGCAGGUGCUAAACUUUACAUAUUUCCAAUGAAAAUCGGUAAAGGAAGUGCAGCACCAACUCGAAUUGUAGCAUCUUUUCGAAAUUAAAAAUUGAUAAACACGCGA